CCCUGGAGAAACAUGGUGGAAUAUUUUAAGAAUAUUGUCAAGAACUCGGUAUCUCAAAAGAUUCGUGAAUGGUUGAAGGACUACUGCAAAAGGAACGGCCUGCUCACCUUAUCAGUGCUAGCAGUGAUGUCAGGCUGCGUGGUGGGAUUCACAUUGAGGAGCUUGAACUUGUCAACACAGGCAAAAAUCUACUUUUCCUUUCCUGGAGAACUUCUAAUGAGAAUGCUGAAAAUGUUGAUUCUUCCUCUCAUCACAUCCAGUUUAAUGUCUGGCUUGUCUGCUAUGGACACCAAGGCCAGUGGACGCUUGGGCCUUCUCACCAUCACGUAUUACCUCUGGACUACCUUCAUCGCUGUAAUUGUGGGCAUAAUUCUAGUACUCAUCAUUCAUCCUGGAACCGGCACUGAAAAAGAGGGACAUAAAGCUGCGGGAGGGCCAGUGAUGACCUCUGCCGAUGCCCUGCUUGACUUGAUCAGGAAUAUGAUUCCAUCCAACCUAAUUGAAGCCACAUUUCAGCAGUAUAAGACAGAGCUUGUGCCUAAUUUCAAAAACAGUGCAAAAUCUUCUCAAGCCAACUUUGUGUACAUCAUGCCAGACUACGAAAACCCCAAGAUGGGUCACCCAGUGUUUCUGGAACUCACUCCUCCUCCUGAAAUCCACUACAAGAUCGUACCAGGAAAAAGCAAUGGCAUGAAUGUGCUAGGAAUCGUCAUUUUCUCUGCCACUAUGGGUCUUCUGCUUGGCAGAAUGGGAUCCAGAGGGUCACCCCUGGUUAAUGUGUGUCUUUGCAUUAAUGAAUGUGUCAUGAAGAUCAUCAAUGCUGCUAUGUGGUAUUUCCCAUUUGGAAUCGUAUUCCUGGUUGCUGGAAAGAUCUUGGACAUGCACGACCCUGCAGUCCUUGCGGAGAAGCUGGGCAUGUACUUCAUCACUGUUCUGGCAGGCCUAUUCGUCCACGGUGUGAUUUUGCUGCCGCUGUUUUUUUUCGUGUUCACCAGGAAAAACCCCUUUAGCUACAUUCGUGGCCUCCUCCAGGCGCUGGUUAUCGCCUUGGCAACUUCAUCCAGUUCAGCUACUCUGCCCAUUACCAUGAAGUGUUUACUAGAAAACUGCCACGUGGAUCGUAAAAUUGCUCGAUUUGUACUUCCUGUGGGUGCUACUAUCAACAUGGAUGGCACAGCGCUGUAUGAGGCAGUGGCAGCUAUCUUCAUUGCACAGGUCAACGAGUAUGAGCUUGACUUUGGACAACUUGUGACUAUUAGUAUCACAGCUACAGCAGCAAGCAUCGGAGCAGCUGGAAUCCCUCAGGCUGGUCUCGUCACAAUGGUUAUCGUCCUCACUUCAGUGGGUUUGCCUCCAGAUGACAUCUCGCUCAUUGUGGCCAUCGACUGGAUCCUGGACCGAUUUCGAACAAUGAUCAAUGUGCUUGGAGAUGCUUUAGCUGCAGGAAUCAUGGCUCAUGUGUGCAGAAAGGACUUCCAGAAAGACAUGCCAUCAUCGGGCAACUCUGAGAGAAGAGACACGAUGAUCUCCUUUGGAAACCAGAGUGUGCAGAGUUUUCCCACAUCUGAGGUUCCACUGCUGGCCAACAGGGACUACAUUUUAGAGGUUGUCGGCGAUCAGGUGAUUGAGAAGCCCACCGCCUGUUACAACCUUUGCCAAGUCUAAAUACUGAAGUGUUACACUACCAAUGGGCAC